AUGCUCAGUCCUCCAGAGAAAGCAACAUGGCGCAUGAUCGUGCUCGCAAUAUGGGUCUCAUUCGCAGUCUUCAUCGCAUCCUUUGAUCAAGGCUAUGCUGGCAUCGUGCUGAUCAUGCCUUCUUUCCAAACAUCCUUCGGAACCUGUCGUCCAGAUUCCCCAUGCACUCUCACCACUCUGCAACAGUCGCUCAUCAGCAUCACGGUUUUAUUCCAGGCUCUCGGGAGCGCAACAACUGGCUUGCUGGGUUAUAAACUCGGUCGCAAGACGACUAUCCAAAUAGCAUGUGUGUUGUGCGCGGUCGGUGCUGCUGGAAUGCUCGGCACUGAGGGCAGUUUCCUCCAUUACAUGGUGUGCAAAUGUAUCAGUGGUGUGGGCAUUGGACAGCUCCUGGCGUCAAGUAUGGUCUAUGGUUCUGAAUGUGUGGUUGCCAGCAAGCGCGGCCUGUUACUGGGUGUAUUCAAUGUCGGACUCGCAUUGGGAAAUGUACUUGCUGCCGCUGUCUGUGCUGGGUCCUCGACUUUGAGUCCGGAUAAUGAGUGGCAGUGGAAAACGCCAAUCGUAUGCCAAAUCCCACUUGCGUUGAUUCUGGGUUUUGGAACGAUGAUGUUCCCAGAGUCGCCGAGGUGGUUAUUGCUCAGGAAAAAGAAAGAAGAGGCACGGUUCUCGUUCGCGGCUUUCAGAUCUUUGAAUCCAGGUUCUGUUGAGGUCACUGCUCAAUUGGACGAUGUGCAACGACAUCUAGAUCUUGAACAAAGUCUUUCGGCUACUGCUUCCUGGACUGAGAUUUAUCGAGGCCGUGAUCUACGCAGAACAGCCAUCUCUGCUAUGAUACUGGUUGGACUGUCUCUCACUGGAAUCCAGUUCAUAUCGCAGUAUGCCGCUUUAUUCCUCAGCGGCGUGGGUAUCAAGAACCCCUACUUGAUCACCGUCAUUGUCGGCCUAUGCAUCUUCGCCGGAUCAUUAAUCGGUCCUCACGCCCUUGAAUACGGCGGUCGUCGAUUCUCCCUCUUACUCGGAUACACCCUUAUGGCAGCCUGUAUGCUUAUUUUAGCAUCUGUGAGCACGGGGCUCGGACCCAGCCAUCCAGUCGCCAAGAACGUCGUCGUCGUCUUCCUCUGUCUAUGGUCAUUUGUUUUUGGCGGCUUUAUCGGUUCUGGUGCUUGGUUAUCUUCUGCUGAGAUGCAUAGUGUGAGACUGCGCACGUACGGCCAGGCUAAUACGACUUGUCUUUAUGAGAUUGGUAGUUUUGGCGCGGCGUUUUGGACGCCCUAUAUGCUUCAUCCGGAUUAUGGGGAUAUGGGGGCUAAUGUGGGAUACUUUUAUUUUGGGGUUACUAUUGUUGUGUUGAUUUUGACUUAUUUGUUUGUACCCGAGACGGCGAGACUGACUCUUGAGCAGAUUGAUGAUUUGUUCUUGAGGGGUGAGAGGGCUUGGAAGACUUCUCUUAAGGAGAAUAAGGUUAUUGCUCAGGGGCCAAUGGUUGAGUAA